AUGGCCGACUUUUCCAAGCCUCCACCGACGAUGCAGCGCAAGUCGCGCGUUCUUGCCGCCCUUGACAACCCUGAUUUCCUCUACAACACGCCCCCGCAGCCUUUGCCGCCUACCCCGAUAUUGCCGCCCCCGUCCUUGGGUCCCUACCAGACCCCAAUGAAACAACGGCCCACAACCCCCUCGCCAUCAUUUGACUAUGACAGCGCAUAUAUGGGCCUUGUGAGCUCCUCGCAGCGGCAGAAGCGAAAGUCUCCGGACCAUGAAUCCGACGACGAUGACGAAAGGGAAGCAAGCGGGUCGUCGCCCGCCCCGCCCCACGGGAGCCAGCUCAUAGCCAACCAGGGCUUCAACCUGCAUUACGACCAGGAGGGCCCUGUCUAUCCGAUAGACCGGGGUGGUCCAGACCAGGAGAUGAA